CACGUAGGUCUGGUAUCUGCAGCAGGAACACAGUACUGGUGGCUCAGAUGUGAUGUCUUUCAAAUACAAAAACACUCUGCGCCGAAACAGAGGUGGGCCUUACAAGACCAAACCUGCUACCGAUCUCACCAGGUGGCGUCUGACUAACGUAGAUGGACGUCAAACAUGGCGGUACAUACCAGAUGCAGAAGAGCCCGAGAGAAAACAGACGGCUCUAGAGAAACAUUCUCUUGGAUUAGACACUAGUGAUGUUGCCCCAGAUUUGCCCAGAGCCCACACAGCAAAGGAGGCUGCAUACAAUGGUAUCAAGUUUUAUUCCAAGCUCCAGGCGGAGGACGGCCACUGGGCAGGAGACUAUGGUGGCCCUCUCUUCCUAAUGCCAGGUCUGGUCAUUGUGUGCCAUAUAACUAGAACUCCCUUCACGCCAGAGCAAAAACUAGAGAUGAUACGCUAUCUGAGAUCAGUCCAGUGCCCAGAUGGAGGCUGGGGCCUUCACAUCGAGGGUCCUCCCACAGUGUUUGGCUGUGCUCUGAACUAUGUGGUGAUGAGACUGCUGGGAGUGGGUCCUGAAGACAGGGACCUGGUCAAGGCAAGACGCCUGCUGCAUAGAUUAGGUGGCGCCGCAGCCAUUCCGUCCUGGGGAAAGUUCUGGCUCGCUGUCAUGAAUUUAUAUAGUUGGGAAGGAAUGCACUCCUUGUUCCCCGAAAUGUGGUUAUUCCCAACUUGGAUUCCCAUACAUCCUUCGAAAUUAUGGUGUCACUGUCGCCAGGUGUACCUUCCAAUGGCCUACUGCUAUGGUGUGCGUCUCUCAGCUGAUGAAGAUGAUCUCAUCAGAGAGUUAAGAAAGGAGCUUUACACAGAGUCCUAUGAAAGCAUUCAGUGGUCAUCACAAAGGGACAAUGUGUCCAGUGCUGACCUCUAUACUCCACAUAGCUGGUUCCUAGACUUGGCAUAUUAUUUCUUAGAUUUUUAUGAGUCACACCAUAAUUCAUCAUGGAGGCAGGCCUCCUUACAUGAAUGUUAUACACACAUUUGUGCAGACGAUGAAUUCACCAAAGGGAUCAGCAUUGGACCUAUCUCCAAAGUCAUACAAAUGUUGAUACGGUGGUAUGUGGACGGCCCUAGCUCUGCUGCAUUCAAACAACACCAGGACAGAGUACAAGACUAUCUAUGGUUAGGACUAGAUGGAAUGAAGAUGACAGGCACCAAUGGCUCUCAGCUGUGGGAUACAGCUUUUGCUGUGCAAGCUUUUAUGGAGGCUGAAGCAUUUGAAUACCGAGAUUUCCAAAAUGGCUUGAACCAUGCUCACAAAUUUUUGAAAAAUACACAGAUAGAAGAAAAUCCUCCAGAAUAUCAGAAGAUUUAUAGACAUCAGAAUAAGGGGGGCUUCCCAUUCAGCACCAGGGACUGUGGCUGGAUAGUGACUGACUGCACUGCAGAGGGACUCAAGGGAGUCAUGCUGCUGCAGGAGAAGUGUGAUUUCCUCACGCAGACAGUCUCAGAGGAGAGGUUGUAUCAGGCUGUUGAUGUGCUACUUAGCAUGAAGAAUGCAGAUGGUGGAUUUGCCACUUAUGAAACCACAAGGGGUGGAAAGCUCCUAGAAUUACUUAAUCCCUCUGAAGUGUUUGGUGACAUCAUGAUAGACUAUACCUAUGUGGAAUGUACCUCUGCCUCUAUGCAGGCGUUAGAACACUUCACUUCCCAGUACCCAGCUUACAGAACUGAAGAGAUACGGCAAACAUUAGAAUCUGGCCUCCAGUAUGUGAAGAGUAAACAAAGGAAUGAUGGGUCAUGGGAAGGGUCAUGGGGAGUGUGUUUCACCUAUGGUACUUGGUUUGGUCUAGAGGCAUUUGCUGCAAUGGGAUACAGAUAUGAUACAGAAAAUGUUCCACCUGAAGUGAGAAAAGCGUGCAAUUUCCUCAUCUCCAAGCAGAUGGCAGAUGGGGGCUGGGGGGAGAACUUUGAGUCGUGUGAGCUCAGAGAGUACGUCCAGUCGGACACAUCACAGGUGGUCAACACGUGCUGGGCGUUGCUUGGACUCAUGGCAGUAAGAUACCCAGAUGUUGCUUUAAUAGAACAUGGUAUACGAGUAAUCAUGCAGCGGCAGCUGGACAAUGGUGACUGGCCACAGGAGAACAUCAGUGGUGUCUUCAACAAGUCCUGUGCUAUCAGCUACACCAGUUACCGCAAUGUGUUUCCAAUAUGGACUCUUGGGAGAUUUGCCAGAAAAUAUAAGAUGAGCUCAUUAGCAAAUUGACAAUGCUGGAUGCAAUAGGCUUUAUGAGUUCUUUUCAAAUUUAUUUAUUUAUUUAUUUGCUGUUAUUUUUAUUUUUUACUGUGCCCCUCUCAGAAUAUAAUGGUCCAUAUGGUCAUGUCUCUGAACUUAUUGGAAGAUAUUUCAAGUGAAGACACUUGGCAGUAUUAUUUUGGACUUUCAAGUGUACAGUAUCUCUGAAGUAUAAAGAAUAAAGUUAAGUGACAGUCUGGUAAACUCAACACGUGGUUGUUUUAAAUUGGAUCUGACGUCAU